CAGGAAAUUCGUGUCCACCUGGCGUUCCAUUCUACAAACGCUUCUCCCUCGAAUCCCUCCCUCUCAAAGCUAAUCUCUCCUCCCUGUACAGUUUUCAAACGCUGGUAAUCGUCGUUCCAAGAUAUCUUGCGAAGUUUUGAUGCCAGAAAAUGAUACAUAUGCUUCCUCUUUGAAGCUUCUAAGCAUUCCGAGCUAUGAAUGAGGCAAUGGCAUUGCUAUGUCGGGCACCGCCAACUAUAACGACUCAUGCCAUCCCUCGAGUCCAUAUAAGGAACUCAGCGGCAUCAAAAUUACCGAGGCAGCCACUCAUAUUCAGCUCCCCCCAUAUUCAAAUCAAACAUCUGCCUCUCCGAUGUACCAAAUUGUCCCCCUGGCAACCAUCUCCACUCCCAUAUGCUCCUGAUGAUGAAAGUGAGAGCAUUGUAAAGGGAAGCAACAUCUUUGAAUCUGUCAUUCCGCAAGAGACUGCUGAAACUUCAGCUGACGAGAAUUUUGAUGGUAUUACUGACGUGAAAAGCCAGUCGUCUCUGGAGCCUCAGCUUCUUAAAUGGCCGAUGUGGCUUUUGGGUCCUUCAGUCCUACUUGCAACAGGCAUGGUUCCCACCUUAUGGUUACCAUUAUCUUCCGUUUUCCUUGGCCCCAACAUAGCCGGACUCCUUUCCUUAGUGGGCCUCGACUGUAUUUUUAACAUAGGUGCUACCCUUUUCCUUCUCAUGGCUGAUGCUUGUGCACGUCCAAAGAGCACCAACCAAGUGGACUACUGCCAAGUUCCUCGCACUUACAGGUUUUGGAACAUGGGUGCAGGCCUAAUCGGCUUUUUAAUGCCUCUGAUCAUGCUCUCGGCCUCCUACAGAGGCUUUCUUCAACCGCAGCUACCUUUCAUCUCGUUCCUUGCAUUGCUCGGCCCCUACCUUCUCCUCCUGUCAAUACAGAUGCUGACAGAGAUGCUGACAUGGCACUGGAAGUCGCCAGUGUGGCUGUUGACUCCAAUUGUGUACGAGGCUUAUAGGGUGCUGCAGCUGAUGAGGGGGUUGAAGUUGGGUGGUGAUAUUGGUGUGCCCACGUGGGCUCUACACUCCAUCCGAGGGCUCGUCUCGUGGUGGGUGCUCAUUCUCGGAGUUCAGCUCAUGAGGGUCUCUUGGUUCGCCGGGUUCACUUCUCAAUCUCAACAACAACAGCCUUGAUCUCACACCCUCCUUUCAGUUCCUAAGACAGUAAAAGCAUAUAGAAUGCAGAUGUGGUACCAAAUGAGAAAACAGGCCUCGGUUUCGGCAAUACUACAGUAUAAAGAUAAAAGUUCUAGAACAACAUCCUCAUAAGGAACUAAGAUCGAUGGCUGGAGAGUUCUGUAAUGUUUUUUUUUAUUUUGCCGUGCCAUUUUCAGGAAUGCAUUGCAUGGAUAGUAAGCUAUUGAAGUGUGUAGGUACUGGCAAUUUCUACGGGGUCCAUGCAUUGGGGUUGGAUUAUUAGAAAGCCUGUACUGUGUAUGUUGAGAUUCUGGCCCUAUGUGCUGUGAAAUGAAUGAAUUAAUGUUGGAGAUUUACUGUCUACAUCUAUUAUGUACUUUGUGAUAAUUUGAGCUGUUGUUUGCACAGAACCGAUAAUGGUGUCAGCAUGGUGCUUUGUCGUUAACUAUCACUGGUA